UGCAGUCACGCUACUGCCGCACCACCCGUAGCAUGCGGGCGCGCACCACCGAAAAGGGAAAACUAAUAACAUUUUUGCGAAAACUGAAGCUGACUCUGAGAACCGCUCGAGUACCGCUUUAGUUCACACCAUCUUUGGAGUGAAAUAAAACCAGAAAUGGGUCUUCCUUACUUGCUCCUCACCUUUUUGGUGCUUUCUGUAUGCUCCACCAAGGCAGUCACCUUUUUGGACGGAAACCCAGUAGUAGAACUUUCUCUGGGAAAGAUUCAAGGCUCCAAUAUGACGAGCUCCAAGGGAAAUAAUAUUUAUGCUUUCCGAGGCAUUCGUUAUGCCCAACCACCAGUGGGGGAGCUGAGAUUCUCGAAUCCUCUACCCGAACCUGCUUGGGGCGAGGAACUCCUCGAUGCCACAACGGAUUCCCUGAUCUGCCCACAACCUGAGGUUGCAUCGUACAUGAGCGAGGAUUGUCUGAAGCUGAAUGUCUAUACCAAAAGCUUUGAGGACAAACUACCAGUCAUCGUUUACAUCCACGGUGGAGCCAAUGUCCUGGGAAGUGGGCAUAGCUUGUUCAUGGCAGGACCGCAGUAUCUGUUGAACCACGAUGUGGUUUACGUGGCCUUCAAUUAUCGUCUUGGAGCCCUGGGAUUCCUCAACACCAAUAGCCAGGAAGUAAAAGGAAAUUUUGGCUAUUUGGACCAAGUGAUGGCCUUGCAAUGGGUCAGGGAUCACAUAUCCCAUUUUGGUGGUGAUCCAAAUAUGGUAACCAUCAUGGGCAUGAGCGCUGGUUCCAUGGCCGUCAGUCUCCACUUGGCCUCGACCCUUUCCGCUGGACUUUUCCAUCGGGCCAUCCUGAUGAGUGGAUCGGCAACGAACACUUAUGACAUUGAUAAUGUUUACUGGACUAGGAAGCUCUCCCGAGAACUGGGCUGUCCGAUCUACGAUCCCCAUGAUAUAGUCACUUGCCUGCGAAAUGAGUCCUGGACUCGUAUCGUGGAGGUUUCCAAAGCCUGGGAAACUCAUCAGUUCACCAACAUGAAGUGGAACUAUGAGAUCGAUGGACACUUCCUGACCAGACAUCCCACUGCGAUUUUCUUGGAUGGUUACUUUAACAGAGUUCCCUUGCUGGUUAGCUACACGGAAAAUGAGUUGGACUACUCGCUCUAUGUCCACAAGGAUAACGAACCCUUACUUCACGAUCUCGCCAUUAACUUUGAGGAGUAUGCUGCGGAAUUGUUUCUCUACAAAGAAAAUGAGAACACCAGUCGGAGACUUAAGGAGUUCUAUUUGGGCAAAAAUUUCUCAGAGAUCAAUGAAGAUAAUAUCAAUCAGUUUGGUCAAAUAUUUUCGGACAGUGUCUUGGGCCAUGGAAUCCACCGUCUCGUCGAGCUGGCAAGGCAGUGGACUCCCGUCUACUAUAUGCGCACGGAUUACAUUGGUCAGAGAACUCUUAAUGCACCAACUGAUGAGGAAAAUAGGCCCAUUGGAGUGGCACAUGCCGACGAUCUGCAGUACGUAGUGCCAGGAUAUUGGUACGGCACAGGUGUGGAAGAAGAUCCCGAUGCUUUCAUGAUAGAUCGGUUCACCAGCUGGUUCGCUCACUUUGCCAAGACGGGGACACCCCUCAACACCACUGAGAACUGGCCACCCUGCAACGCCACCUACGUGAAGAUGCUCUACAAUGGGGUGGAUACCCAGGUGGGUGACCCCGCCUUUGCGGAGCGAUACGCCCUCUGGGACGAGCUCUUUCCCACGGACGCCCGGAGCGAAGGCGCUGCCUGGCGACUCGGCCUCCCGGUCGCCAUCGCCACUGGUGUGGCCUGGCGGCUCUUUGGGAAAUUAAUGUAGCAAUUAGGUGUGGAAAAAGCUUAUCAAUAGGCCGUUUAGAUUGCGCUAAUGACGCCAGAGUUGGCUCGUUUGCUCUCUGACUGUCGGCUCUCGGCUCGGAUUGCGACUAUUUACUUUGAUUAAUUAAUCAACAAAGGCGUGAGAUUUUCCCCGUUGCCUUGGGGCAAUUAGUCUACGCCUCGGAGCGGGCUUGGGCAGCUUAAAUACACAUUAAUUUGUCUUUAAA